CACAUAUUGACGAUUUCCCCUAAGGUGUUCGUGCGACUGAUCUCACCCUUGGUCUCCGACGGAUGCAUGCUGGCUUCCACGUGACGAUACAGGUCGAUGGUGCUGAAUGGCAGACAAGCAGCAAACCUGUACACAUAGAUCAGACCAUCGUCGAAUGGAACGAGCACGUACUUCUGCCAUCCGAGCCAUCUUCUGAAGUUCGGGUCAGUGUGUGUGCCUCAUUUGAAUUGGAGCCCAUGCUUGGCGAUGGAGAACGCCUCCGCACAUUCGAGAUCUCGGUUGGAGAAUUACUGGAUCGCAGUGAAAAGUCAAAUCCCAUCGUCUUUCAGCACAAUGCGGAGGAAGUUGUAUCCCCAUGUAGUUCACUGCUCAUUACAGUGGAGCAGCGACGUUUUGAUGAAAACGGUGCUGCAGUUCUUCGCCCCAUUUCUACUGACGGAUGCCGGACAUUUUCUUCUCGCACGGUACGGCGGGACGCAGAACAGCAGGGAUCUCGAUCAAUCCAUAACACACUUCGAACACGUCUCUGAUCUCUGCCCUGUUGAUCAUCCCUGCCGCCCUGCAACACUGUCCAAUCUAGCAAUCGCGAAGUUCGUGAGGUACCAGGUUAAUGGAAUCUACCUCGACCUUGACACCCCCAUCUCCCUCUUUCAAGAUGUCCUUGAUAUGCGUCCCACUGGUCAUCCGGACCGACCUAUCACCUUGCUCCAUCUUGCCUUUGCUCUGCUAUACCGCUAUGCAAAACGGGGGUUUGAAGCGGAUGCCGAUAUGGCCGUAGAGUUACUGAGCGACGUCAUGGACAUCUCCCACGCCAACAGCCAGGUUUACAGAGCAGCUGAGCUUGGAAUCGAGAUAUCUGCUCUGCCCCCAGAGGAAAGCAUCGAUGCAAAUGAUUGUGGGCAGGAGCGGCCCAUUGUACCCUUGUCGCCGAAUGAACUUGUUCAUCGAGCAGAGCUUUGUUUGCAGAGAGAUGACCCCCAUGCCUUAGAUGAAGUCAUAUCUCUUCAUUAUGAUGCGCUAAGAUACCACAGCACGGCACAUGAUCAGCGAGGGAAAAUUCUGGGUAAUCUGGGUAUAAUGCUGCACACUCGCUUUGAGCGUCAAGGCAAUAGUGAAGACCUUGACGAGGCCAUUCUGCUUUACAGAGAAGCGCUGGCAUUGCUCCAGGUUGGUCACGCGGAUCGGCUCGGCGCAUCAAACAACCUUGCCGCUGGACUCUCCACCCGCUUCGAGCACCGAGGCAAUGACCAAGACUUGGACGAGGCUAUUGUGCUUCACAGGGAAGGACUGACUUUGCGCCCGAUCGGUCACCCAAAUCGAUCCACAUCUUUAAUCAACCUUGCAAUUCAACUCUCUACCCGCUUCGAGCACCGAGGCAAUGACGAAGACUUGGAUGAGGCUAUCCCGCUUCAGAGGGAGGCACUGGCGUUACUCCCAGUCGGUCACCCAGUUCGGUCCGCGUCAUUGGAUAACCUUGCAAAUGAGCUCUCCACCCGCUUCAAGCACAGAGGCAAUGACGAAGACUUGGAUGAGGCUAUCCCACUUCACAGGGAAGCAUUGGCUUUGCGCCCGGUCGGUCACCCAGAUCGGUUCAUGUCAUUGAAUAACCUUGCAAAUCAACUCUCCAACCGCUUCGAGCAUCGAGGGAAUCAUGAAGAUUUGGACGAAGCUAUCCCGCUUCACAGGGAAGCGCUGGCUUUACUCCCGGUCGGUCACCCAGAUCGGUCCGCGUUAUUGGAUAACCUUGCUAUUUUGCUCUCUGCCAGAUUCAAACACCGAGGCAAUGUCGAAGACUUGGAUGAGGCUAUCCCGCUUCACAGGGAAGCGUUGGCUUUGCGCCCAGUUGAUCACCCAGAUCGGUUCAUGUCAUUGAGCAACCUUGCAAACCAACUCUCCACCCGCUUCGAGCACCGAGGCAAUGACGAAGACUUACAUGAAGCUAUCCCGCUUCACAGGGAAGUGUUGGCAUUACUCCCGGUCAGCCACCCAGAUCGGUCCACAUCAUCUAUGAACCUUGCAAAUAAACUCUCUACCCGCUUCAAGCACCAAGGCAAUGAUGAAGAUUUGGAUGAGGCUAUCCCACUGCACAGGGAAGCACUGGCAUUACUUCCGGUUGGUCACCCAGAUCGGCCCAUAUCAUUGAUCAACCUUGCAAAUCAACUCUCUACCCACUUUGAGCACCGAGGCAUUGAGGAAGACUUGGAUGAGACUAUCCGACUUUACAGGGAAGCGCUGGCAUUGCUUCCGGUCGGUCACACAGCUCGGUCCAUGUCAUUGGAUAACCUUGCAAAUCAACUCUCCACCCGCUUCGAGCACCGAGGCAACGACGAAGACUUGGAUGAGGCUAUCCCGCUUCACAGGGAAGCGCUGGCAUUGCUCCCGGUCGGUCACACAGAUCGGUCCACAUCAUUGAUCAGUCUUGCAAAUGAGCUCUUCGCCCGCUUCAAGCACCAAGGCAAUGACGAAGACUUGGAUGAGGCUAUCCCACUUUACAGGGAAGCGCUGGCAUUGCUCCCGGUCGGUCAUGCAAUGAGGUCCCCAUCAUUGCAUAACCUUGCUGCUGUGCUCUCCUCUCGCUUCGAGCACCGAGGCAAUGACCAAGACUUGGAUGAAGCUAUUGUCCUUCACAGGGAAGCACUGGCUUUGCGCCCGGUCGGUCACCCAGAUCGGUCCAAGUCAUUGAGUAACCUUGCAAAUUACCUCUCCGUCCGCUUCGAACACCGAGGCAAUGUCCAGGACCUCAACGAGUCACUAGAGAACCUCCGCUAUGCAUUGGCUCUGUCGGCACAACACAAUCCUCAUCAUUUAAUCAUCCAUCUGUCACUAGCAAAGAACUAUCUGACGCUGUUGCUCCAUGGAUCAGGACUUGACGGCACUGACCAAGAUACUACUAACAGUCUUAAUGCUGUCAUGUAUCAUCUCAAGGAAGCAGCAAAUGUUGUCUCUGGCGGUUUGCUAGCUCGCUUGCGAGCGAGUCUAUUAUGGGUUCACCAUGCUGCUCAACAUACACAUGGCACUGAACUGGAAGCUUAUGCAACUUCUAUGCGACUUCUGGACACAUACCUAUCUGCGACAGCUUCGGUGUCAUCUCGCCAUCAUACCACGAAGAGCUUCCCGCACACACUCGCAGUCAAUGCUGCGUCAUGUGCUCUUCAUCGUGGCGAUGUGUGUCGCGCUGUAGAGCUGCUGGAACAAGGCAGGACUCUCAUUUGGACCCAGAUGGCACGACUCCGUACGCCUAUUGACAGCCUCCAGGAACGCGGAGAUCAUGCACAGGCUCUGUUGAAGAAAUUCCGAUACCUCAGCUCCCUUCUCGACAAACCUCCUCCAGAACGUGAAGGGACACCACGAGUCGACAUAGAAGCAGAAGAUGCCCGGUACAGACGUCUAGUGGAGGACUGGAAUAAAACUGUGGAAGACAUCCGGAAGCUCGAGGGCUUCGGUCGCUUCCUACUUCCCCCUUUGAUCUCCGACCUUCAAGAUGCAGCUCGUGAUGGGCCUAUUAUCAUGCUCAUUGCAAGUGAAUCAUCUUGUGAUGCCAUUGUUAUCCCGCACGAGCAGCCUCCGACUAGCAUCCAACUCUCUAUCGAUUUAGAGAGACUCCUGCAAUUGGUGGAUGCACUCCGCGAGACAGUUGACAAAGAUGUCGGUCCCAAAGGGACACAGCCAGUGCUGAUCAAAGCUUUGCGGGAGUUAUGGGACGAUGUAGUCAGCCCUGUGGUUGAAAUUCUGGGUAGAUUCGCACGACAAGGUUCCCGAAUAUGGUGGUGCCCAACUUCUGCCUUCAAUUUUUUGCCGUUGCACGCUGCUGGGGAAUACAAGCGCGGCGGAAAGUCCCUCUCGCAGCUAUAUAUCUCUUCAUACACUCCAUCCCUUACCGCGCUGAUCCGGGCACGCAGAAGUUACGACAGAUCCUCGUCCGCGUCUUUCGCUGCCAUUGGUCAGAAUCAUCCACCGAAAGCUUCAUUUGUUUUGGAAUCCGUCGAGCCUGAGCUGGAAUUGGUGCGGAGUCUCCUCCCCCCUCCCCCAAUUGUUGCUUUCACCAAGGUCACGAGCGUUGAAUCAACAAAAUCGAGAGUCAUGGACGCAUUACAAGAUAACCACUGGCUCCAUUUUGCGUGUCACGGAACGCAAAAUUUCGUCGAACCGUUUAAGUCGGCCUUUCUCAUGCGCGACCAACCCCUUUCACUACUCGACAUCACACAAACAAAUCUGUCUCAGCAUGAAUUCGCAUUCUUAUCCGCCUGUGACACCGCAGUUGGUGACUUUGGAACGCCUGACGAAGUGAUACACCUGGCAGCUGGCUUACAAUUUGUUGGGGUGAAGAGUGUCAUUGGGACAUUAUGGAAGGUCAAUGAUGCAACUGUGCGGCGCUUGGUCGAGGCAUUUUACAAAUACUUUUGUGGGGAUAGCAGAAUGGAUUCGAAAAGAGCCGCCCGAGCGCUGCACAGAGCAGUCCAGUCGUUAGCUUCUGACACGGACAUGCCGUUGGACCAGCGCAUCGUGUUCAUGCAUAUCGGCUUAUGAUCAAUUUUCAUCCAGCUUUGGCUACGUGCAGCUUAUGACCAACACCGCCAGUGGGUCGCUCUACUCGGAUAGUAUUUAAACAGGACUCGGAUGUAUAACAAGGUCUUCAAUGUUUCUGGAUACCAUAUACCUUCUUCGCAUUGUUAUCAUGACAUGAGACUCGGAUUUCUCUUGCUACACAAGUUGGUACGAAGCUGCAUAUAUUUGGACUCUGGUUUCACGAACAUCCCCGCGCGCGCUACAAUAUCUUGCCUCCCCUUCGGAACUGAGGUGA